GAACAGUGAACAUAUCUUACUUUUGAACUUGGUCGAAUUUUCCCCUAUAAAAGUAUCUGUGCACUGUCCUGAUAUCAUACUUCAUGGAACUCAUAGCAUUUUAGUUGCAACUUGCAAGGGUUUACAAAGUAAUAUAUUCUAGUCCAGGAGUGUGCAACAGGCGGCCCAGCUCGCCAGCGAUCCCAAAGCGAUAGACGCAUUCUCUUCUUUAGCCUUGCUCGUUAAAUAUUUUAUGUUGCCCAGCUAAAUUUCUGAAGUUAGUUAUAUGCCCACCGACAAAAUAUGUUGCACACCCUCGUUCUAGUCAAAUUUGAAAUAGGCCUACUGCUAUUUAAAAAAUAUUGAGAAAAAACUUUUUUAAAUUUCUAGAUAUUGAAAUUAAUAAUUAUGCAAAAUUUAUCGUUUUUGCUUUGAUGAAUUGAUUGAUUAUUUGAGAUAAAAAAAUUUCUCACUAUAUAUCAAUACAGGUUUUACAUUUUUCAUAUUACUGCUGACUGAAAGCCUGUAUUAUUAGUAUGAAAUUCCCCCUAUUUAUGUACGACAGUUUUGCUUUUGUGAUAUUACUGAACUAAAAAAAUGUGUUGUGGGCACCUGUUGCAAUGGUCGAGAUUUUUGUAUUAUCAGUAUGAAAUUCCCCCUUUUGUGUACCAAAGUUUUGUUUUUGAAUUUUCGCAUAACUAAAAGUGUUGUAGGGUCCUGUUUCAAAUAUCGGGAUUUAUGUAUUAUCAGUUAAAUUUCCCAAUUUGUGUACCAAAGUUUUGCUUUUGAAUUUUCGCAUAACUAAAUGUGUUGUAGGGUCCUGUUUCAAAUAUCAGGAUUUAUGUAUUAUCAGUUAAAUUUCCCAAUUUGUGUACCAAAGUUUUGUUUUUGAAUUUUCGCAUAACUAAAAGUGUUGUAGGGUCCUGUUUCAAAUAUCGGGAUUUAUGUAUUAUCAGUUAAAUUUCCCAAUUUGUGUACCAAAGUUUUGCUUUUGAAUUUUCGCAUAACUAAAUGUGUUGUAGGGUCCUGUUUCAAAUAUCGGGAUUUAUGUAUUAUCAGUUAAAUUUCCCCAUUUGUGUACCAAAGUUUCGCUUUUGAAAAUUUUUACAAAACUAAAAAAAAAUGUUGUGGGGUUCUGUGUGACACUGAUAGAGAUUUCUGUAUUAUCAGUUAAAAUUCCCCAAUUGUGAACCUAAAGUUUUGCUUUUGGAAUUUUUUGUAGAACAGAAAAAUGAUUUGUUGUGUUCUGUGACGAACUACUCAUCCUAUGUUCCUCCUAUUUGUAUUGCAAUUGCAUUCAUGUGCAACCUGAUCUUCAAUACGAAUACCCCUUUUUCAAGUGGGCACUUUAAACCCAGGCUUUGAUUUUUGUGACUUUUUUUUGAGAAUUGGACAAUUUUGCUUUAAUUUUGCAGCAGACUCAUUUUUUGUUUACACUUACUAAUGUAUUUCAAUAUAGCUGUAAACCCCAGUUUAGAUGCUAAUUUUUCAGUAUAUGCAUAACAAGAAUGAUGGCAAUUUAUUAUUUUUUUUCCCUACUAUUUAUCGUUCCCUAAUGAAACUUAGGACUGAAGAUAUACCGUUCCUUUCUAAAAUAUUAGCUUUUCAGCAUUCAUUGGUUGCUUAUACAAAGCCUAGUUCAGAAUGAAGGUGUAAAAUGCCUCCAAAAUGAAUAAAAAAUGCAAAGGAACUAGGAAAACCAGAAAUGAUAUUAUUUAUUCUUGAAAUUUUCGUUUGAUGAAAUAAUUUAUCGAGUAUUUUAAAGUAUGAAGCACGCUGAAAUCUAGAAAAUCUCUUGGUAUUUUACAUUUAUGUGUUAUCUAUUACAUCGCAUAUGUUUUCACCAAUUUAUAAUGCAUUGUUCAUAAAACCUUGUGACAAAAAUCCUUCCACAUUGCAUAAAAUAUGCCUGUCCUGCUGUUACACAGGAAAUUACUUAACUUAUGGGUUCAGGAAGAUAAAACAAUAGCACUGCUUUUUGUAUUACCUGUGUUUCCUUUUCGGUUAUGUUUCAAACAAUAGGACGUUGAUAAAGUUAACUGCUUUGACCAUUUUGCGCGAAAUCAUAAACACAUGGCAUAUUUUACUUCAUGAAAUAUGAAAAAACAGUUUUUUUUUUAUCCUGGUUUUUACCGUAUGCUUUGGAGAAUGAAGAUGUUACGACAGAUUAUUAAUGAUAUCAUGAACCAUGGUCUCUAAUCUGGUUUGCUAUCAGAGAUGGUGAUAGCUCAAAAAUUCCAUUAUUAUGCUAUUUCAUUUGUUCAAAUUUUCUGCUGCUCUGGGCCCUGGGGAAAAUUACUUUCUAUUAUCCCAAUUGUCAAGAAUCCAUUUUAUGUAUAUUUCCAGCUCAAAAAUGCACUUGUAUUUGAAUUGAAAUAUCUAGUAAUUCAAUAUUAUUGUUGACGUUAAUAUUUCUAAAUGUAUCUCAUUCUAUAUCUCAAUAUUGAAUGAUAUUUUCGUAGUGUGUGUACCAGGUUAGGGUUGGGCCAUAAUUUUAUUCUGAUUUUCCUUAUUUUAGUUACGAGUUCGGGGACUGCCUGUGUUAGCCAAGUGAAUAUACCCCCUGCUCAUGGGCUUCCGUCUCUUUCCACAACUUGAUGUAAAGUAGGCAAACAAAAUUAGUUACCUCCAUAUUGGUACACACACUUCUAGAGCGCCUGACUUGAAGAAACUCAAGUCAUUACGCUUAGAAAACAAUCUGUCCAAUUCAUUUGUUUAAAUCAGCAAUUUUAAUUAUUAAUUUUUUUAAUAAUUGUUUGUAUUCAACUUGCCACUGAUCAGUUCAAUUCAUUAAUUUCAUUCAUACUUUAUUUAUUUUAAAUAAUUUGUUGUAUUUACUCUUUUUCAGAUUUAUUUGACUCAAUAAAAGCAUUUUCAACAAUAUGUUGAAAGCAUUACAUCCCUUAUGCAGAAAUCUUACCUGCUCAAGAGUCUCACAGCAAACUUCUAAUUUUUCAUCGUUUUUACAAUGGACACUUCUGAAUAAAACUUAUAAUGGACAAUUAUCGGAAAAAAAUAUAUUUUCUAUGAAUAAUAUCGGACAAGUAUCGAAAAUACACACUUUACAAUUGCAGAAAAAGUGUUGUAACAUUUUGAACUUAAACACGCAAAGUGUAUCUGCAAUUUAUGAUUUGAAAAACGUUGCGUUCAUCUCCGGACGAUUUUUAGAAUUAGAAGAAGUACAAACAGAACCAGAACAAGACAGAUUUAAUUUUGAUAAGCAUUAUGAAGAAGUUCGGCAACAAAACUUUGGGCCGGUACCAGUAUCAGAAUGUGAUUUUCCGAGUGGAGAUGCUGCAUUAACAACAUGGGAAUAUGCCAAGCGAGAUCAUCUGGUAUACGACGGAAUAAAAUACAGCGAACUUCCUAUCGCCUCCAUUCAAGCUAAAUAUAACAACACUUUCAUAAGCAUACAUUCAACUGAUGGUAAACCGUACGCAUUCAUGACAUGUGGAAGAGUCGGCUUCAAAAAUUCUAAAAAAAAGACAAUCCACGCCGCGGAAAGCGUCGGAAAACGUGCAGCUGAAACCUCUAUUCUACGAGGUUGUCACAAACAUGUCAGAGUUGUUAUCAAAGGUCCGGGAUAUGGACGAGUUGCUGCAAUUCGAGGACUUGUGCAAGGAGGAUUGAAUGUUGUUUCUAUAUCAGACAUCACCCCUCUUCAUGUUGAUGGUUUGCCGCAGAGACCAAGAAAAAUAAGAAGAAUAUAACUUAUUUAAGGUCAAAAAAGCUUGGUCAUUAUAUUUGAAAAAAAAAAUGAAUACAAUGGUACUGUUGAUAUCAAAAAAAUUAGGGCGUCACCAGGGGCGCUGCAAGAACGGGUUUUAAUCCUCAUUUGACCCUCUUUCUGAAAUUUUGAAAUGACUGAAACAGUCGGUAAUAAUGUGCUAAUGUUCAAAGAGCGAAUGUUGUUAUUUCGUCUGCUUGUAGUUAUUACUUAGUAUGUGAAUAUCUUUAUAUCAGUUCUGCUGCCCUUAUCGGUCAAAAUUGAUGGCAUGGCUAACUUAUUAAUAAAAUUUCUAUCAAAUUGUUCACUGUAUUUGGUUAUACACCAAUGUAGAUUUAGUUUGUGUCUCGAUUGUGUGAAACCUGAAUAAAUUUGCAUAUUUUGAUCCUGGUUAAA